GGAUGAAGAAGGAGAAGCAGAAGGAGGUGGUUGAUCAUAGGUGGCAGAAUCAAGUGAAGGGCUUGGGGCAGUCUAGGUACCAGGAGCUGAGAAGAAGGCAGGUGAAGAUUGAGACCGAGGUAUGGGAGGAGGCGGCAAGGGAGUAUAGAGAGCUUUUGGCGGACAUGUGUGAGCAGAAGCUGGCACCCAACUUGCCGUACAUGAAGUCGCUAUUUCUUGGCUGGUUUGAACCUCUGAGGGAUGCUAUUGCCAAGGAACAGGAAAUGUAUAAUUCAGGGAGGAAUAGGACAGCCUAUGCACCGCACUUUGUGCAGUUACCGGCGGACAAGAUGGCUGUUAUCGCAAUGCAUAAGUUAAUGGGGCUGUUGAUGACCGGAACUGAGCAUGCCACCGUUGGCACUGCCAGGGUUGUGCAGGCUGCGUGCGGCAUAGGUGAUGCCAUUGAAAAUGAGGUUAGAAUAUACAAGUUCUUGGAGAAAACUGAGAAGAAAAAGGGCAACAGAAGCAAGAAAAACAAAGCAGUCGAGUCUGUUGGUGACAUCAAAGAAGAACAAAAGCUGCGGAAAAAAGUCAUUAAUUUGAUGAAAAAGCAAAAGCUAGUCGCAGUGAGGGGGCUGGUGAAGGACAAGGACGAUACAAAACCGUGGGGAACAGUCAUAAAGACAAAGGUUGGAAGCCGUUUAAUUGAACUCUUGUUGCAAACAGCAUAUAUACAACCACCAUCAGAUCAAUUACUGGAUGAUGCACCUGAUAUCCGACCUGCAUUUAUUCAUUCAUUUAUAACAGUGACAAAAGAGUCAAUUAAAUCAAGUAGAAGAUAUGGUAUUAUUCAAUGUGACCCUCUAAUUCUUAAAGGCCUUGACAGGACUGCAAAAAAUAUGGUCAUUCCUUAUAUGCCUAUGUUGGUUCCACCAGUCAACUGGACAGGUUAUGACAAAGGUGGGCACUUGUUCUUACCUUCUUACGUUAUGCGUACUCAUGGAGUCAGGCAACAACGUGAGGCUAUUAAGAGGGCCCCCAGGAAGCAAUUAGAACCUAUAUUUGAGGCUCUGGAUACUCUUGGGCAUACAAAAUGGAGGAUAAAUAAAAAGGUACUGAGUGUCGUAGACAGGAUAUGGGCUAGUGGAGGCCGUCUUGCUGAUUUGGUGGACCGCUAUGAUGUUCCUUUACCUGAUAAACCAGAUACUGAUGAUGAAGCAAAGAUAAAGAAAUGGAAGUGGACCGUCAAAUCUGUGCAGAAAGAGAACAGAGAGAGAUAUUCACUGCGUUGUGACAUAGAACUUAAACUUGCUGUAGCACGGAAAAUGAAGGAUGAAGAGGGCUUUUACUACCCACACAAUGUUGAUUUCCGAGGGCGUGCAUAUCCCAUGCACCCACACUUAAAUCACCUUGGUUCAGAUUUAUGCCGGGGAAUAUUGGAAUUCGCAGAUGGACGCCCUCUAGGAAAGUCUGGCCUACGGUGGCUGAAGAUACACUUAGCAAAUCUCUAUGCUGGCGGUGUUGAUAAACUAUCCCAUGAGGGACGCGUAGCAUUUAGUGAAAAUCAUUUUGAAGACAUAUUUGAUUCUGCAAACAAACCUCUUGAAGGGAGGCGGUGGUGGUUGAAAGCAGAAGAUCCAUUGCAGUGCUUAGCUGUGUGCAUAACUCUAACUGAAGCUUUGAAAAGCCCGUCACCAGAAACAUUCAUCUCACAUAUUCCUGUACAUCAGGAUGGCUCCUGCAAUGGUUUACAACAUUAUGCUGCCUUGGGGAGAGACAAGUUAGGAGCUGUUGCUGUCAAUCUAGUUGCAGGAGAGAAGCCAGCAGAUGUUUACUCAGGAAUAGCAGCUAGAGUAUCAAACAUUAUGCAUAAGGAUGCUCAGAAAGAUCCUGCAAUUUUUCCUGAUGCUCUUCAUGCGAGGACUUUAGUUAAUGAGGUUGAUAGAAAAUUGGUUAAGCAGACAGUGAUGACAUCAGUGUAUGGUGUCACUUACAUUGGUGCACGGGAACAGAUAAAGAGGAGAUUGAAGGAAAGGAAUGCCAUUCCAGAUGAUACAGAGCUCUUUGGUGCUUCUUGUUAUGCUGCAAAGGUCACUUUAACCGCCUUAGAGGAAAUGUUUCAAGGUGCGCGAGGUAUCAUGAACUGGCUUGGUGACUGUGCAAAAAUAAUUGCAUCUGAAAAUCAACCAGUACGCUGGAGCACUCCUCUUGGACUUCCUGUUGUUCAACCUUACCGAAAACUAGGAUCGCAUAUUAUCAAAACUUCACUUCAGAUGUUGUCAUUGCAACGAGAAACAGACAAGGUAUGUGAAGUUUACAUCAUUAUUUUGAAUAACAUUGGGAUCCCCUUCCCCAAAACCGUAAUUCCCAUGUUAAUCUUAAAUAUAAAUAUCUUGCUACACGAGAGUGUGUGUGUGAAGAUGCCCAUUGAUUGGUUGCUAUGAUCAAAUCUUGGAAAUCCAACUUUUAGCUUCUUGGUCAAUGUUCCUGAAUUGCUUUUUUUUAAUAGGUCAAGGAGCUG